AGCGAUGAGUUCUACAAUGAACGCUCUGUGCUAUAUCGUCUGCUUUAUGUUUGGCCCACAUUCUUCAUCUUUCGCGCUCGCAUUUAUACGGGAUUAACGCUGAGUGAGUGCGUCUGCACCAUGGCUGGCUUUGGUGCCUAUCCGGAGCAGUCGGAUCCCAACAAUGGCGAGGGUCCGCGCAAGCGUUAUCAGCAUCUAAAACGUGAUGCCGAUAAGCAUAGCUAUAACUUUACCACAAUUGUUAAUACACGCGUAUUGGAGGUGGAAUUUUGUGGCACAUUCCGCGAGGGCAUGAAGCAUUGGAAUGUUUGUGUGCAAUACUGGCUGGCAGUGAAUGUCUACAAGCUUUUUCCUAUAAAGAAAUAUAGAACAUUGGCCACGUUUCUCUGCUCCGCUUACUGGCAUGGCUUUCGACCUGGUCAUUAUUUCUGCAUUAUGGGUGCACCUUUGUAUGUGCCACUGGAGGAUAUGUGGCAUAAGUUGGUGCGCAAGGAUGCAACGGGCUUGCAGCGUAGCAUUAUCGAUGUUAUUUUUUGGAUAUGCAAGUGGUCUGCCUUCAGUUAUCUGGGCACUGCCUUCUUACUGUCCAACUUCACUGACAUUUGGCGCUUCUAUGGCUCCGUCUACCAUCUAGGCUAUAUAAGCUGGGCGGUUAUGGUUGCUCUGGGCAUGUUCCUGACCAAACAACGAAAGGCAGCUGAGCGCCGCAAGCAGCGCGCAGGCGACGCUGCUGCUGGCGUUGAUCUUAAAGCCAAGACGCAGUAAUCAAUGGUCUAGCCAAAGUCGAUUUUAAAACUCUUAUUAUAUAUAUACUGAUAUUGAUAUUGUAGUGAACAAAAAGUUAAUAUACAGCUAUUCCAUUUAC